AUGAAGCUGCUGGUGGACACCGAGGCGGGGCGCGUGCUGUUCGCCGAGGCCGGCAAGGACGUCGUGGACUUCCUCUUCUCACUCCUCGUCCUGCCCGUCGGCACCGCCGUCAAGCUGCUCGGGCCGGACUCAAUGAAGCUCGACGGCUCCUACGUCCUGCCCGGGGCGAACACCGAUGCGCUCCUACGCCCCGCCGUGCCCUCGCCGGCGGCGGCCCCCAGCAUCUCCCUGUCCCUCCUCGGCCUGCCGAGCCCGUCGCCGGCUUUCUUCAGGUGCGGCUAUUGCCACAGCCCCGGCUACGUGACGGAGGUGAGAGGCGCCAAGUGCCCCAGAUGUGGCAACCAUAUGGCGGACGCGAUCCAGUGCGUGCGGCCCGAUUCCGGCGGCUCCGGGCAGGCCGCCGCCGGAGGGGCGAAAGGGUUCGUGCAGGGCGUGGUGACGUACACGGGGAUGGACAACCUCGCCGUGACCCCCAUGUCCACCAUCUCCAGCAUCACCCUGCUCAACACCUUCGCCGUCAGGGGCCUCAGCGCGCUCCAGGAGAAGACCGUGCGGAUCGGCUACAAGGAGGGUUUGGCGAUUCUCAAGGCGGCGCUGCAGUCCAAGACCGUCCUCACCGACGUCUUCCUCGCCGGAUGCAAGACAGGCCCGGUGUACGACUGA